CACAAAGUCCAACUGUAAUAAUCCCAUCUUAGGACAGAAUUGAAAACCAAACAUUCUCAGACUAACAUAUAUAUAUAUAUAUGUAUGUAUAUAAAUCCCUGCUUUAAUGCUCGAAAUCUCACUGAAUACAAAGCUUGUUCCCAAGAAGUAGUAGUAAUUCCGUCGUCCCCAUGAGUUUCUUGAAAUUUCCUGUCUUCUACCAACAGCAACAGAACAAAGGCGACGGAUACUUUUACGAGACGGUUCAGUGCUUGCCGCUGCUCAGCAGGUUAACAGAUCAUGAAAAGCAAGUCAAGGAAGAAGACGACGAUGUCGACGUUGAUGACGAGAAUGUGACGGUGGCUCUGCACAUAGGGUUGCCGGAUGUGGGAGUAGAGGUGGAGAGUAGUGAUGAUCAUGUUCAUCAGCAAAAGGGCUACGGUUUUAAGGAAGAGAAUGAGUAUCAUGUGAAGAAGAGCUGCAAGAGUGGGUGUAGUGAGAGGAGGUUCUGGAUCCCCACACCAGCACAGAUUCUUGUCGGGCCUAUGCAGUUUUCUUGCAACAUAUGCAGCAAGACCUUCAAUAGGUACAACAACAUGCAGAUGCACAUGUGGGGGCACGGCUCGGAGUUCAGAAAAGGCCCAGAAUCACUGCGUGGAACGCAGCCAGCAGCAAUGCUGCGCCUCCCUUGCUACUGCUGCGCCCAGGGCUGCAAGAACAACAUCAACCACCCCCGCGCCAAGCCUCUCAAGGACUUCCGCACUCUUCAGACCCACUACAAGCGCAAGCACGGCGCCAAGCCCUUUGUCUGCCGUAAAUCCUGCGGCAAAUCCUUCGCCGUCAAGGGAGACUGGCGCACUCACGAGAAGAACUGCGGCAAGCUCUGGUACUGCACCUGCGGCUCCGAUUUCAAGCACAAGAGGUCGCUCAAGGAUCACAUUAGGUCAUUUGGGAAGGGCCAUUCGCCCCAUCCUUCUCUUGAGGGAUUUGAGGAUGAUAAAGAAUGCGUCACGGAUGAGAGCUAGCUACUUCAUGUCGUCUCGCGUAUAAAUUAGGAAUAAUUACACUGACACCCCUUAAAGUUUCGACUAUGCAAAAGAUAUAAUUAAUUUUGAAAAUUUACAUUGUAUCAUCUGCAGUCGUGUUUUACAUUACAAAUUUUUCGUGAAGCCUAGAUGGCUGAAGGGGAGAAUUUGUAUUGUAAAAAUAUGACUGGAGGGAUCACAAGUGUAAUUUUACAAAAUUGAGGUGUUUUUUUUUCCGAAAUGUCUAAACUUGAAGGGGUGUUUAUGUAAUUAUUUCUGUAACUUAAUAUGUCUAUUUUCAUGUUUUCUUUUCUUUCUUUUUCCCGUAUCAUAAUCGUUUCACUGAAAACAUAUGUGAUACGUGCGUGGACUCGCCCAACAAGUGCUCAGUAACAAAAAAUUCUCUCGCCCUGGGAUUGGUUUGAUUGCAGGAGGCGUGUAUGGGGAACGGUUUGCUGCGGAGCACUAGCUAGGUGGUGAGUGAAUGAUUUUAUUUCAGCACAUGGUUUGAACUAUGCUAUAUAUGUUGAAUUAGAAUAAUGAGAUUAUGUAGAACUUGUGAAGCUGAUGAAUUUUCUUCUGUGUUUUUUGGGUGUGUGAUCAUCAAAGUGUGGAAAGUCUUAACAAUGGAAGAAAAUUUGUCAGCUUCAAAUUAUAUCUUGUAAUGAACUUUAAGUAUGUACUGCACUUUGUUUCUAGUUUAUGUAUUAUUAUGAAUUUGGGAGUC